CGACUCACCACUUGACCUACCACUUGUUGCCGAAUCACCAUGUUACAGCCUCGCAUCUCGUUGCGGGGUUUCCAAUACUCCUGCAAAUGCCUCUCUUCGGCUUUGUCGCGCACAUAUGCUACGGUUGUUCAGUCACAACCUGCGGUUCCUGAUCCCUCAGCUAAUGAAAGCGUUUCGUUUGCGCCUCCGCCGUCCCAUGAUAAAGGCGGGCUUGCUUUGAGAACCUAUAAGCCUCGCACUCCCGGCACAAGACAUCUUCGAAGGCCAAUAAACGAUCAUUUAUGGAAAGGACGACCGGUCAAGGAAUUGACGAUUGCCAAAACAGGCCAUGGCAAGGGCGGACGAAAUAACACCGGACAUGUCACCGUUAGACAUCGCGGAGGUGGUCACAAGCGAAGAAUACGGAUCGUCGAUUUUGAUAGAAAACAGCCUGGGCCACAUGUGGUGGAGAGAAUUGAACACGACCCCAACCGCAAUGCGCAUAUUGCUCUCCUGCGAUCCAAGCUUACAAAUAAGCUAAGUUAUAUAAUUGCCGCCGAGGGAAUGCGAGAGGGUGAUGUCGUGCAAAGCUAUCGCGCCGGCAUCCCCAAGGAUUUGUGGGAGAGUAUGGGCGGUGUUAUUGACCCUGGUGUUUUAGCUGCAAAGACUGCGUGGCGGGGGAAUUGCCUACCGCUGCACAUGAUCCCAAUUGGCACGCUGAUCUACAAUGUAGGAUUACAUAAAGAUAAAGGGGCCCAGCUGUGUCGAAGUGCGGGUACUUUCGCAACUGUUAUCGCGAAGUCUGUAGAAGGAUAUGAUCCUGAAGCAGACACUAUUACAGACGAGAAAGGGGAGGUCAAGCAUUUGACCCUUCAGGACAAACACAGACUGAAGAAGUUGUCGGAGCACGUCACCCUUCGCCUCAAAAGUGGUGAAAUUCGGUUGAUUCACAAAGAUUGUUGUGCGACCAUUGGCAUUGCAAGCAAUGCAAACCAUCAGUAUAGACGACUGGGUAAGGCUGGUCGCAAGCGAUGGCUGGGUAUUCGACCUACUGUGCGUGGUCUCGCGAUGAACGCAAUGGAUCAUCCCCACGGUGGCGGUCGUGGCAAGUCCAAGGGUAACGUUGAUCCCAAAAGUCCUUGGGGUCUUCCGGCCAAAUCUGGUUACAGAACACGACCGAAGCGCAAGGUUAAUAAGGCGGUUGUCACGCCUAGAGAGCGCAACCAGGGCAAACGCCGGAGAGGCUACAAUUAA